AUGAGUGAUUUCCUCAUAAUAAACAUCCUACUAAUAACAUCUUUAAUAGCUUAUGUUUUCUGUUAUAAAGUGUUAUGGUUCAGAGUCCAAACCAUCUUUGAUAUAAUCCCCAAAUCAUUCGCCAGUGCUAAUUCAGAAAUAUUCGAAAGUUUAAAAUGUACGGUUGAAGAUCAUUUUUUGUACAAAUUGUAUUCUACAUAUUCAAUUCCUUCUAAAAUAUUGAUUAAGCUUAUUCGGCAUUUAUUUUCAUUUACAAUCUCAUUAAACGUAGUGGCUAUAGAAAUUGUGCUAUGGAAAAUUAAAACUGCAAACAUAUCACAGACUAGUAACUUAAUCACUACGGUAAUAUGGCCCUUUGAUUUGUUUUCUCUUUCGAUCUCCCUAAUCCUGUUAAUUCCCUUUAUCCUUUUAUUAGCUAUUUUUCACAAAUUUUUUAGUGCCUCAUAUUCCUUCAAUACAAUAUUAUUUAUGGCUAACGGCGCGACUUGGGCUUGGAUUUUAUCAUUAAUUUAUAUUGAUAUCGGUCCUUUUUAUCUUACCAACAGUUUAUUGACCAAAUUAGCCUUAAUCGGUACCACCACCAUGGCCGUUUUAUCGGGAAUUGCAUCCAUAUCAACACCGUACAAGGCACUAUCAGGUCUACUUCAUAAUUACAAUAAUAAUACCACCGCCAAUUUUGUCAAAUAUUUGGGUUUAUUGACUAAAGACACCAUACAGUAUCAAAUCAAAGAUUGUGAAAAAAACAUCCAGGAAAAUAUGGAUAUUGUACAUAAACUGAACAAUGUUAGCAAAGAAAGCAUUAAUGAAACACCAAUUAUUUUAAAACGGAAACUAAUGGAUAAGAUUGGACUUUAUUACCUAGAACUAAACAACUUGAAAACUAUUUCUCAAAAAUCACUCGUAGCUAGAUUAUCCUCUCAGUGUUUCAAAUUUUGUUUUUUAAUUUAUUGUAUAUUUAAGUUGAGCACCGUAUUUUUCAUUACUAUGCCACAAUUCAUCCAUCAUUGGAGAGACCAUCCAUUGGACUACGAAUUUAAAUUUUACGAAAAAGAUUUGGAUAGAGAUCCUUUGGCUGUUUCCUUGGCACAUAUUUUGGAUGCUAUUUUGUUCAGUUUCAAUUAUCAGCAGGAAUUGGAUUCUUUAACAACGCUACUUUCUUUACUAAUAUCAUUAUCUUUAUUUGUAUGUUCAAUUUCUACUGUACUAAAUACAAUAUCCCAAAUAUUAAGGUUCUUACCGUCACGGUUCCAAAUCCUGGAGUUAUCUGUUAUAGCCACUAAUGGAAAAGGUUUGCCCGUUUCUAAAAACGAGGGGAAAAUUAAUACCCUAAAUAAUAAUACCUUAUCCGUCAUUAAAAACCUAAUUUUUGUGGAGUUGACAGGCAUUUAUAUCUUGUCCACUCUUUUACUAAUCAGAUCAAACUUGCCACAACAAAUAUCACAAACUUUGGACGAUUUACUAGGUGAAAAACUAGCAAUUUCUAGUAUACGAAUGGAAGUUUGGUUUGAUUUGAUGUAUGCAUUAAGUGCAUCCUUUACUUCAACAGCCAUUUUUUUCAGUAUAUUACAUGCUCAUAGAAAUAAAAAAAAACAUAACAAAAAAUAUUCACACUAA